UAUUCACGGCACUUGUCUCUCUCUGCCAGUACUUACUCCCCCGUCACGUGCCGUCCGCCGCCCGAUAUUUUGGCGCAAUGCGCGCCUGUAAUUUGUUGCCAUUUUGCCUUGCCUGUAGUGCCUGUGCCUGUGCCUGUGCCUGUUGCCUGUGUGCCUGCCUGUGUGCUUUCAAUGCCCGCCCGUCGCUGGCUGCUUGUGAGCUGAUCGCGCGCGCGCAUUAUCAUCCAUCCUCCCUCUCUCUUCACUUCCUACUUCCUCUUCUUCCUCCACUCCCUCUUCCCCAACCCAUCAGGGACACGUCGUCUUUGUUUCUCUUUUACCACGACCCUCGCCGCACCCGCCGCCUGCCGCCCGUCCCUGGCUCCACACCCGCUUCCUGUCGCUCCACUUUCUGCCGUUGACGGCUGAGGCUGAGGCUGAGAGAGGCUCUUCGGCUGUGGGUCCUGGAUCUGCGCGCAAUCCCUUCCCGCUGAGCGUUGAACCAUAACCCUCCCGCCGCGCCCCAUUGCUGUUGUGUUGCUGGCGACCCUUGGCCCAAUCCGUCGACGCCCCG